AUGGAUAUUGCCAUUCAGCACCCCUGGUUCAGACGUGCCCUGGGCUCCAUUUAUCCAGCUCGACUCUUCGACCAGUUCUUUGGCGAAGGCAUGUUCGAUUACGACCUCUUCCCCUACACUGCCUCCACUAUCAGCCCCUAUUACAGGCAGUCACUGUUCCGUAGCUUUUUGGAUUCUUCCAACUCUGGAAUGUCAGAGGUGAGGUCUGACAGGGAUAAGUUCACGGUCUACCUAGACGUGAAGCACUUUUCUCCCGAUGAGCUGAGUGUGAAGAUUACCGACGACUACGUGGAGAUCCAGGGCAAGCAUGGGGAGAGACAGGAUGACCAUGGUUACAUCUCUCGUGAGUUUCACCGCCGCUACCGCCUCCCAUCCAGUGUGGACCAAUCUGCCAUCACCUGCACCCUCUCUGCUGACGGCCUGCUGACGCUGACCGGGCCAAAAGUCGGUGGGGGGAACGAAUCCGGCCGGAGCGAGCGCAACAUCCCUGUCACUCGUGAUGACAAGCCCAACGCUGCUGCCUCUUCCUAA